ACGAAGUAGCGGCAUCUCAACCAACGAAAACAGAACUGCUGCAAGUUCAACGUAGAGCAAGAGACAGGUCUGUGAAUCGUGAGAGGAGGUUGUCAAGACAUCGUCAAUAUGGACGAUAUGGAGGAUGACACCACAAUCUUCUCAACGCUAAAAUCUUUCAAGAGUUUGAUAUCAUGUCCAGAUCGUUCUUUGCUGGAGACUGAGCCAGCCUAUGGUAGAAGUGACCUUCAGAAGCUCUAUACUAAAAGAGUGGAGUUAGAGGAGGCUGCAGAGCGUGUCCGUUCUCACACUAGCCUGUUGCAACUCACUCAAGAAAAACAACAGAUGGAGCUUAGUCACAAACGGGCACGUAUAGAGCUGGAGAAAGAGGCGCACAGCAGCUCCAGAGACUUUCAGAGGGAAAUUGACCGUAACAGGGAGUUACUGUUGAAGAUCAAACGUCUGGAAGAAAGAGAAGAGAAAGCAAAUCAAGCUCUUAAUGAACAAAUGGAAAACAACAAGGUUUUAAAGCGUAACCUUGAGGAACUCCACAAGAAAGCAAAUGAAAAAGACAGCAAAAUUGCCGAGGCAGACCAGAUGAUCAAUGAGUUGAACGAUGAGACACGAAGGCUUAAUCAAAAGAUCCAGAUUCAGGAGUCCAAAUUCUCAACCCAGAACCUGGAGAUUCAGGCCCUGCAGGAACAACUGGAUGUGCAGCGCAAGAAGUACCAGGAUGUCAGUCAGAGGUACCAAAAUCUGCAGUCAUCUCAUUCCAUCAGCACAGAGAGUGAGCUCAAGAUGAAGGAGUUGGAGAGGCGUUUGGCUCUUCAGGAGCAAGACUCUGUGAUUGUGAAGAACAUGAAAUCUGAAAUGGCCAGGCUGCCUGAACUGGAGCGGGAAAUUAAACGUCUGCGGGAGGAAAACACUUUCUUACGAGAGACAAAAGAGAACAACAGUCUGUUGAAAGAAGAGACUGAGGGGUUGAGGAGGAAGUUGGAGAGAGUGGAGAGAGUGAUGGAGGAGAAACUCAAAGCGGAGUUGGAGAAAGAGAAACUGGAGCAAGAGCUGCAGGCUUGGGAAAACAUUGGCCAGGCUGCAGGACUUAAUAUUAGGAAACCUGAGGAUUUGUCCAGGGAGGUGAUACAAAUUCAGCAGCGAGAACUGAACCUGAAACAGCAGAACUACACACUGAAUAGCAGCAUUCGCUCUGUAGAGAAGGCCCGUGCUGAGCUUCUGUCUGAGAUCGCUCAACUGCGUGCCAAAGCUCAAGAGGAACAGAAGAAACGAGAGAACCAGGAUUCGCUUGUCCGACGCCUGCAGAAGAGAGUCCUUCUGCUCACCAAGGAGCGUGAUGGAAUGAGGGCCAUAUUAGAGUCGUACGACAGUGAGUUGGCCACAAGUGAAUACUCCCCUCAGCUCAUGCUCCGGGUCAAGGAGGCAGAGGACAUGCUGCAGAAAGUCCAGGCACACAACAAUGAGAUGGAGACUCAACUGUCUAAAGCCCAGGAAGAGGCAGGCACCUUCAAAUUACAAGUUCAGAUGGUGACUGCUGAACUUGAGGCUCUGAAAGAGCAGCAGUUGUCCAAUGCUGAGAAAAACAUUUUCGCAACAGCAGAGGAAGUCAGCUCUCUCAGGCAGAAGAUUGAGGAAUUGGAGGCAGAACGUCAGCAGCUGGAAGAACAAAACAACAUUCUGGAGAUGAGACUAGAGAGGCAUAACCUCCAGGUGACUCUUUCAUUUUGUGCUAGAUUUCUAGUACCCAAAACACAUUUACAGUAGGAAUGCAACAAAUAAUAAUUAAAAUAAUAUAAAGAUGGAUAUAAAAAAGUUUAAAAACUAAUUGGAUUUGUACUCCGUGGCCAUCUCUAGUGAUGAGGGAAACUCAGAGAGCCUCAUAAGAAUCAUGGGUUGUUGUUUCAGGUGCUUUGACAGAUUGCCUGUGCUGUGUAACAGCUUUAUUGCUCAUAAAAAGCAGUUUUUGAGUCCAUAACCCCAUAAGUGGAUAGUGACUGAGCUCACACUAAACUGCUGCGUAAAUCUGUGUAGACUUGUGGUGACAGCUUCAGUGAUUACCUUUUAUUAGGAUUUGUGAAGUCUCUUAUUGUCAUGCUGUUCCCUACCUAUAAUUUAUUCAUUAUUUGUCAUCAUUUUAUCUCUGGAUUUGAAUCAUUUGCUCACCUUCAAGUUGUUCUAAACCUGUAUGAAUUCCUUUCUUCUGAUGAACACAAAGUUGAGAUAUUUUGAAGAAUGUGAGCAACCAGUGGCUACCAGCAACUGUUUGGUUAAACGCUUUCUUUAAAAUAUAUUUUUUUGUUUAUCAGAAGAAAGGAAUUCAUACAGGUUUAGAAAAACUGGAAGGUGAGCAAAUGUCAAGUGAGAAAAUGAUGACAAUUUUCAUUUUUGGGAUGAACCUUCCCUUUAACAGCAUGAGAAACAGAAGUUACUUAAAUAAUAAGGAAACUUAUACAGUUUUAAUGAAGUGAUUCAGCAAGACCAUUGUGAAUGUUGAUUACAAUGUUGGGAAUUAAUCCACAAUUAUGAUUCAUAAUAAUCAUGCAGUCUCUGUUAAACUGAGAUAGAAGGAGGUAUUUUAACAUUGGAAUUACACAUUUCACCUUCAAGAUUAGCUAGUGUCUUCAGUGGUGGUUGAUGAAAGCCUGAUGGUUAAUACUCUGACCUGCAUGAAAUAAGCUGAAUGUUUUGUUAUUAUUUACUUCAUAAUUAGACAUGUUUUUAGCUUGUUAAAAGUGAAUACUAGCGGCUAUUGCCCUUUUUUGUAAAGUUUUUAUGCAAGUUGUAAUAAAACAUAAUAUCCAUUU